AUGUCUACUAGUCAUCAGCAACAAUCACAACAAAGACAACAACAACAGAGUAAACAACAGACAACAUUGAUAUUGAUAACAGUAAUAUUGUUCAUUGCUGCUCAGUCAUACUUCCCAAUCAAGUACUACUACACCUAUCUCACUCAGCCACAACAGUCAUUGACAACAACAACACAACAGACUAUUGACGCCACUCCUCUUGCCGAACUAUUUGCACUACACGACGAACGAUUCGUCUGGCGUAUGUUCUCUCCCACGACUUCCAACACCAAGUGCUCAGCCACCUACUACUUCCAACACAAUCAAACAAAGACAAUGGAGCGACAGAAUAGAAAUGUGCAGAGCACAAGUGAUCGAGCGGAUAGCAAGAGACCUGUGUCAAAGGAAUCAACGCCAGGCGGUGUUGGUCAGCGUGACAAAGUACACGAUCAGUUACGAGGACAAUCAAAGAACAAAGUUGUUCACGACACAUCGACAGGUGGACUGCUGAGUGAGUUCAUCGUCGCAUGGACGCCCUUCAACAGCUGCUUGCUCGUCCUGUUCCGAUUCUGCUUCUACGCGAUGCUGGCCAUUGACUGCUGGUGUGAGAUCCCACGCGCUGCCAACUACUGGCGCGAGAUCACACCGUUUAACAUCGGUCACCUACCCGCCGUGCUCGACGCGGUGGUCGCGCCACUCAUCGACUGGCAUACCUUCCUCGUGUCCCUUGGCGUGUGCGGAGUGUUUUCAAUCCGCAUUGCUCUUGGCGUCCAUAAUCACUUUGAACAAUACCUGGUGGCCUUGAUCAAGGCGUUCCUUGUGCUGUCAAGUCAGACCGACAACUUCCAGCAUCACUACCUCAUCGUACUCUUGUUGGCAAUACUUUCCACCAUCGACUGGAAAAGGAUAUCGGAUGCAAGCGAGAGGAAAGAGUAUGUCUACGUGUGGCAGAUUAGAUUGGUGUUGAUCCAACUAUCCAUCGUUUAUCUGUGGACUGUUGUGGCCAAGCUACAUCCCAACUGGAUACAAGGAGUGUCGUUGCAAAGGAUGGUCGGACCCGAUUUCAAAGAGCUGGUGCACUCGACAUUCGCCGCCACUCUAGGUACCUCGGUGAAUGCGAUGGCCAUCGUUUCCAACCUCACUAUUGUGGCCGAGCUCUUCCUGGCCGUUGCACUACACGUCAACUUCCUGUUGCCACUGGCACCACUUGUCGGCAUCCCAAUGCACGUGUCAAUGGGCAUGUCUGGUCUGCGCAUUGGUACCUUCUCGCAGUUCAUGGUCAUUCUCUACAUGUUGGCAACGCCAUCAAUCAUCACCAACAACAUCAUAUCACCAUUGAUCAGUAGAGUCAACAGACUACAUCGAUCAAUCUCAUCAGGCACCAGCACCAGGAACAUGAGUGACCUGAUCAAUAUGGUACCAAUCAAUAUCUUUAUGUCAACAAUCAGUGUCGGACUGAUCUAUCUGCUCAUUGAUCAAUUGGCACCAAUUGAGGCUGUUUCCACACUCAAACAAGUUCUACUCAUCACAUCGACCAUCAUCAUCGGGCCAUCACUCAUAUCCAUUAACCGCAGCCUACAAAUUGCCAAAGACUUUGUAAUCCUCAUCCUAUGCUUCACAAUCAUCGUUGGAGCAUCAAUAUCAACAUCACAUAUCCGUAGACUCUAUGUUGAUAUUGGAGCACUUGCAAUCUCAGCAUCCAAUCAAGAACAAUCACUUUAUAACUAUUCAAUUGCAGAGAGAAUGAUACAGAGGGAAGUUAUGAAUGAUCGAUUGUUAAGUGAUCACACUGAAUACGAGUUCAUUGGCGACAUGGGACUGCUGAUGGAGGUUGGCGGCGAGUGGACCAAUGCACAACAACUCUACACACGAUACAUUUCAAUCUUUCCAGAGCAUCUCAAGCUUCAUGCCGGUCUACUACGAACACUCAAUCAAUUUGGCAAAGGCGAUGAGAUAUGUCCUCUAUUGCCAAACAUCAUCGAGCGUGCUCAGCAAGCAUCACAAGUGCACUGCCACAGCAUAGAUUGCCAACGUACCAAAGGACAUGCCGAGUAUCUAACAAAGAUGUCUCGUGGGUUACUCACAACGUAUAAAUGCAGGAAAUAA